AUGGCGUUUUCAGGGUGCUGCACGCUGAUUCUGGUAAUUUCGUUGUUCAUCGUGAAAAUCACAGGUAAUUCAAUAUUCUUAAACACACUCUCCAACUAUUGAUUUUAUUCUGUUUUUAAGACUUGACAUGGCCUUUGGAGUACGUUAAAAAAAGCUAAUUAUUUACGUAAAGUAACUAUGACGGACAACUUGCAACUUGAACCUUAAGAAACAUUAAUAAUCUGUGCCCCAAGACCAAGUGCGUUGUAUUUGGCUAAAGCGUUCCUUACUCAUUAAUUCUAAUCACUCAAAUAUUCAACAUUUUCAACUUCCCAAAAUUUGUGCCUUGAAAAUGGAAAGUCUCUGGCUUCAAAAGAAGGAAAUUCAUGAAAGCAUUGCAGAAAUGAAUGCGAAAUCUUUGCCCAAACCUAGUUGCGGGCGACCCUUUUGUCCGGGAUUAUUUCCGAAAUUAUCGUCCUCAAGUUCAGAAAAGGAAAAAUCUCGAAAUAUUUUAACUAGAGAGCGUUACAUGAUGUACAAAUUAGGACAUGUACAUCAUGGCAAACAACACGUGCAUGAGAGUCUUCACAAAUUCAUUCACGAACCACCUGUUUUAACUGUAUUUAUCAUAACAUGUUAACAUUUUCUCAAACGUCAAACUUUCCAUGUGCCGGAAGUAGUGCAUGAAAAAAACUUUUUGAUCGACAUUGGAUAAAAUUAGGUUUGACAAAAUUCAUCUUAUUUGACGAGACCCAAUGCUUAAGUUCGAGUGCGAGUUAAGUUAUUAAAUGUACAAAAAAUUCAAGCGGUCUACAUGGGAAGUUCAACUGUAGAGCGACUUCGUUUCAGACCGUCAAGCACUUCCUGUUCCGAAUCUAAUCCAUAAGAUAUGUUAACUCUGUUUAAAUGAUUGGUUAUUUUACGCAAAAUUAAAAACGCACAGACGCACUACCACUGACGUGUACAGCGUUUUCAAAGUGGUAUUAGCGGAGUGUUUAAGGGUCUGUUUACAUGGAGUGGGGGACCCCGGUCUAGUGGGGUAAGUUUCUUUUGUUUUCAAGCUCUGGUGGACACAAAACAAAAGAAACUUACCCCACUAGACCGGGGUCCCCCACUCCAUGUAAACAGGGUGUAAAACACCGCAAGCAGCCACGCGAACGUCACACGGGGGGUACUCAAUUAUAUAAGCCAUAUAGGUAUGUGCCGCCCCAAAGGGUAUGAUUUUGGGGCCUUUUUGGUCUGAAAAAGGGGUAUACACUUUGCCCAUUUUUUUCUGGAAUCGGGUAUGGUUUUCGAGGGAACUACGGGAGCGUAUGAACGUAGUUAUCGUUUCAACUCCAAAUCAAUAAGAACGAAAUAGAAAUAUGCUAAUUCGCAAUACAUUUGAAGAAUUUUUUGUUUGCGUUCUAAUCUAAGUAAUGAUGACAUAAUUUCUGCCAAAGGCCAGGUCUGAAAACGGGCAUGGAUCUUAGAGGUCUGGUCUGAAAACGGAUGUGGAAAAUGAUGUUUUCUUGGUCUGAAAUUGGGUCAGGAUUUGGAGAACCGGGCGGCACACUUUCAUCAAGAAUUCCCAGGAUUGCUCCCCCGGCACGUCAAAAAAUCAACAGGGUCUACAAUGUAAGCCCGAAAUGGCAAAUUCUAUAUAACGAAGCCCUCGGUAGAGCGAACGAUAUUAUUCGUCCCAGAAAGGAUAAAAUAUGGAAAGUUCCUCCAAUAACGCCAUACGUGUUGUCGUUAUAUGUCAUUAUACGUUAUACGCAUAUUGUAAUCAGUAAGCAAAAGAAACGGCCACUUUAAGGGAAAAGAACCUCGAUAUUACUUUAAUUGAUUGCGUAUUCCUGAACUUAAAUGUAAUUGGCCAGUACACAAUCAACAUUCCUAAAAUUGUUCAGGUGUUCACCCUUUUAAGGCGGAGUUCCAAAGAACCUUUCGAAAAGAAUGAACAAGAGGUAAUAAUGUAUCAAGUACACGUGGGCACUCCAUUCUUUUCUUUUGAAUGAUUUUGAAAUGAGGGCUUUAAUUUCAGUUUCAUCCACACUGUGUGUACCAGCUGGGAGACGACUUGAGGGCUUGUCGCGUCCAGCGUUGUUGCAAAAGGGCUUGAAUUAAAAAUGACAGCCGCAAAAAAGGAAUCUAUGAAGUUAAUUUUAUGCAUUUCCUUUUGCAAUUCUAAGCGAAUAUAAGCGUUGCUAGUGUACUCACCUGUACUGUUAUUCUCGGCAAAGUAAUUGUUGUGUGAGGCAGAAGAAACAGCAAAUAUAUUAACUCAUUUUACUAAAUUCUUUUUCCGUAAAUUGCUCAGCUUCAGGUGCUCAGGAAACUCAGCGUAAAAGGGUUUUUGUGUCUCGUUUCGGACGUGAUGCUAACAACUGUGGCACUGAGGUACUUCCUUGUCAGACCAUCGCUCAAGCUGUUCGCCAGGUGACCUGGAGUGGAGAGAUAUACCUCAAUGGGAGUGGCACCGAGAAUUUCCCUUACAGUUGCAGUCGUCCUAACGAACAUCUUGGGAUUUGCAUCAAGAAAAGUUUGAAUAUCACAGGGUUCUUGUCGCCCCACGUUUUUUGUCCCGCGGGAUUUUAUUUCCAAAAGAAAAAUGGCAAGAAGCAGAUUCAGGUGAAAUUAUCAGGGAUUGUUUUCACGCAAACAUCUCUGACAAUUGAAGAUUGUGAGUACGUAGCACUUGCCAACUGUACUUUUGGUGGCGCUUCAGAGGUUUUGCGUGUUUAUUUGCAGAAAAUUACUACAUUUCAGUUGGAUAUCACUGGACACUCGUUUUUUCACAACAAUUCGUUAUGCCUAAUGCUACUUUUUCUCAGAAAUAUCAGAAACAAAAGUCGUUUUGUGGCAGUCAAUAUAAGUGAUACGUAUUUUACUAUGAAUGGAUAUGGGCGAGCUCAUAUAGGAGGGCUGAAGAUGGUAUCAAAGGGAAAGAAAGCUUCACAAAUUAUAGAGUAUAUGAAUAUCUCUUGUAACAACGUUGAGUAUGUCAACAACUUUGGAUCCUUUUUACACCUUGAAGUUCCAAACGUGCUGACAAAAGAGACAUACGAAGAUCUGAAUUUCGAUUCCAAUAACUUACAACCGGCAGGGAACAACCUUUACUUUUCAAAUGUGAAAGAGACCAAUGCAAUUUUCAAAGGCUUACGAUGCGCACGCAAUCCGUCUUCGUGUUGUAUCAGAAUCCAGUCUAACAUUGCAGCAGUUGAUAUCCAAGGUUCUAUUUUCGACGACAUUUUUCAAGCUUUGCAUCUUGACUCUAAAAUAACUGCAUCCUUACGAAUUUUGAGUUCAGUGAUUAAAAACAACAGCGUAGGUGCUGACUGUGCAUUGUUUAAUAAAAGCCCGCAAGGAGUUCUCAAAAUCAACAUUACCAAAACGUUAUUCAGUAACUGUCGAGCCAAGAACUAUGAAAGCGCGAUAUUGAUAGGGCGUCGGAAAAUUAACGAUCAGAAUAAUUCAGGCCCAGAUAAAUUACAUUUCACUCUCAGAAAUGUUUCUGUGAGAGAGUGGGUCGGGGAAUUGUCCAACUCUUCAACGAUAAAUGUCAUUCUUAAAAGUGGAAAUGUCACAAUAGAAGAGUCUAACUUUUCUAACACGAGGUUAGCAUCACCCAACAACGCUGUUCUCGUCCUGACGCUAGGGGGGGAAUCUAACAUCACAGUUUUAAAUUGCUCGGUCAUUGUCAUAGAUUUCAGUGGUAUGACCAGUGAAGCGACAGCCUUCCAAAUGAUCGCAUCAAAAGGAAACGCAGGAAAUGUAACAAUAUCAAACAGCUUGUUCAGAAACAUUGGCAACCUACAGAGGGCCUUGUUGGUAAGUCCCAGAUACCGCAUGAGAUUGAUAAAUAUAACAGUGAUAUCAUUCUUCUAUGGAUUCCAGGUCGCCCAAAAGUUUCGCGGACAUUUCAAGUCUCCGAUUGAUAUCUACAUCGAUAAAUGCACUUUCAUAAACAACAUCUAUGAUCUGAGGUUGACUCUGUAUGAUCCAACCUCAGUUCGCGUAACGAUUCAGAAUUCACUUUUUACCAGUAAUGAAACCCUUUUUGGAACAAGUUACGUUAUUCGCCUCUUCAUCCGACUAAAAAAUAUCAAAUCCACGAAUGCAAGUGUAAUGCUUGACAAUGAUACUUUCGACUCCAAAUCAUCGGUCGAUUUUGCUCUUUUCUUUAAAGGGACGAAAAAAGUGACAAUUAAGAGAUGCACGUUUCGUAACUGCAUUUAUGCGUUUCCACGUGCACAGAGGUGGAUCGUGGCAAAGACUGAUGCGUUUUACGAGACAGGUUCUGGCGCAAUUUCGAUCUUGAACUAUCCUGAUACUCUGAAAAACAAUGGAUGUCUUCACUCACGCACUACUAAGGACACACAUCCUAUCUGGAAUUACGAAAGUAAUGUGACGUUCGAGGAUACUAUAUUUGAGCAAAAUAUGGGACUGAUUACUGGCGGAGUCCACGUAAGUAACGGAUUAACUACAUUCAAGAGAUGUGUUUUUAAAAAUAAUUUUGGCAUUCAACAGGGUGGACACAUUUAUUCCUCAUCUGGAACUGGACGACUGGACAUUGAAGAUUGUUUAUUCCUUAGAACAAAGACAAUGUUCGACAGAAUUAACGGUUCCAGAUAUCAAAAAGCAACCUUCUUGUAUUCUGAGAGUGAAGGGCCUAUAAAUCUUAAGAACACAUCCUUGAUAUCAGUGUUCCCUGCACGAAAUGACUUUCGAAUAUUUGACAUUUCCGGUGGCGGAUACGUUCACAUGGAUGAUAAAACCACCAUGCAGUGCAACGAAGGAAGUAAGCUAGUAUUGGAAAACGCUACACAUUUUGAAUACACACAGGAAAAUGGCACAUCUUGCACAAAAAACGUAACUGUCGUGAGGUACUCUUGUCUUUCAUGUCCCGUGACUUAUUACAGCCUCCAAAAAGGAACAUCGCGAGGUUUAUAUGUUAACAAUACCAUUCCUUGUCUUCAAUGUCCAUUUGGUGCUAGAUGCAUUGAAAGAAAUAUAGCUGCAAAGCCAAAUUUCUGGGGUUACCAAACAACUAAAGGACACCAUCAGUUUCUGAAUUUUUCUUCCUGCCCGGAACACUACUGUCAAAGUCCGACAGACGUUUCAAAUGAUUUUAACAAUUGUCACGGGAAUAGAAAUGGUACUCUCUGUGGAAAAUGCGCAGAAGGGUUCACAGAAUCUCUAUUUUCAAGGGAAUGCUCUAAAGUUGCAAAAUGCGGAAAAUCUUGGAUUUGGGUCGUGACAAUACUUUUAACACUUGGAUUGGUACUUUAUCUUUUGAUAAAACCGCCAAUACUUGGCUUCCUUUGCUGCCAGAUCCUUUGGUUCAGAAGAGAUCGCCAUCAAAUAGGUCAAAAUGAAGCCUCAGGCAGCGGGUUUAUGAAAAUAACAUUUUAUUUCUACCAAGUUGCAGAGAUUUUGAUGGACACAUCGAUAGAAAAUCGGCUGAAAAUGAUACCGUUUCUUGCCUUUCUGAUCUCUACCUUUAAUUUUCAUGUUACAAACAUAAACAACAAAAUCGGAUGUCCUUUUGCAGGUCUUACAGUGGUAACUAAGGAGCUAUUUCUAUCUGGAACUGUUUUUUUGGCAGUGGCGAACGUCUUCAUCGUGUAUAUUUUACAUAUGAUCAUCAACAUGCUGCGACAAAAAGAAAAGCCAAGACUAAUGCACUACGCAGCCGUUUUCAUGGAAGUAUUAUUGCUUGGGUAUGAACGACUGGCAGAAACGUCCCUGAAGCUAUUGCAUUGUGUCUCCAUAGGAUCUAGAAAAUGGCUCUUUAUCGACGGGAAUGUUCCAUGUUUGCAGUGGUGGCAAUAUAUCCUGUUGGCUUAUGUUGCUGUGUUUAUAUUGCCCUUUACCCUGAUACUUUACUGGGGUUCUUCAAAGCUCUUCACAUCGUCCAUUAAGGCAAGUGAAUUUCUCGCAGCUUGUGUCCUUCCACUGCCUUUUCUGAUCUACUGGCUUUUCCAGAGCAUUUGGCAUAAAGGAGAACGACACGUGCCCGGGAGAGAUCAGGAUGUCAACAAAGAUGUUUUGGAAAUAAUCCAUGGGCCAUUUCGCCCUCCAGACACUGACAACAAAGGGGCCCUCUACUGGGAAAGUGUUUUGAUUGCGCGAAGGCUUAUUCUUCUUGUAAUUCAUACCUUUAUCACAGAUGCAUUGUUACGUGGGGUUUGCAUCUCAGGCGCUUGUUUCCUGAUAACAAUUCACCACAUUUUGAAGAACCCUUACAAAGAUCAGUUGGCUAAUAAAUCAGAAACUUUGUCUCUCGUUGUUUUGACCCUGAUUGCUGUAAUCAAUCUGCCAAAAGCAACCCUCUUUUCAUUCGGUGUAGACAUGAGCACCGAUGCGUCAAACGGAUUUUAUGUGGAAAUGGUCAAGUGGUUUGAGGUUGGCGCUUUAGCAUUUAUUCCAGCGUUAGUAUUCCUGCUGGUCUCAUUCGCAUUGCUAUCCCAGCUGGCAAGAUUCGGAGUGUUCCUAUUGAAGUAUAUUCGACUUUUUUGUCAGUAUCGUCCCUCUGAGUUGAUGACAGAAGCACACAGCCCCCUGAUAUAG